GGUUGGUUUACGGAUUUUAGCCGUUUUGCCAUCUGGUAACACUGACCAGUUUCUCAUCGUUAAAAAAUCCAUUUGGAAUUCGGUUUAUUUAAUUAAAAGCAGCCGGGACACCUAUGCGAAGGGCAAAAAGCGGCCAGAGUUGUUGUUGCUGCUGCUGCCCAGCCGCCGUGCGAUCGAUCGGGGUGAAAAACUCAUUGGAACGCAUUUAAAAGCGGCGUAAGCUCGCACCUGCUGCUCGUUUAACCCUGUUUCGGGUAUAUGUGAUUGCAAAAUGCGACAGCGACACACCUAGGCACACAAAAUAUGCCAGUUAUGCGAAAGAGAAAAAGUACUGUGCCUGUGUGCGUGCGCGUGUGAGUGUGUAUGCCGUGCGUGUGCCCCCGCCUGCGACAGUUCUGGCGGCCCCAACUAAAUAAUGUGGAACAUGAUGUGCGACGUAAUGCCCACGAUAUCCGAGGAUAGCAUCUCGCAGCGCUCCUCGCAGUUUAGCGGGGAGGAUGCCAACUUUGAGCAGCUGAUGGUCUCCAUGCUGGACGAGCGGGACAAGCUGAUGGACAGCCUGAGGGAGGCGCAGGAGCGGCUUAACGAGACGGAGAACAAGCUGCGUGACGUCGAGAAGGAGCGGGACAGCCUGCAGCGACAGAUUAACGCUAAUCUGCCGCAAGAGUUUGCCACCCUGACCAAGGAGCUGACGCAAGCGCGGGAGACCCUUUUGGAACGUGACGAGGAGAUUGGGGAGCUCAAGGCGGAGAGGAAUAAUACCAGGCUUCUCCUCGAACAUCUGGAGUGCUUGGUGUCCCGCCACGAGCGUUCCCUGCGUAUGACCGUUGUGAAGCGACAGGCUGCCGCCCAGAGCGGCGUCUCCAGCGAGGUGGAAGUGCUCAAGGCGCUAAAGUCGCUGUUCGAGCACCACAAGGCGCUGGACGAGAAGGUGCGCGAGCGGUUGCGGCUUUCCAUCGAGAAGAACAACAUGAUGGAAGAGGAACUCAGCUCUGCCAAGGAGGAACUGGCCCAGUACAAGGCGGGCGUGGUGCCAGCUGGCGUGGGCAGUGGCAGCGGAGCAGGGAGUGCCGCAACCACCGCCGGUGGUGGGGGCGCCGAGAACGGGCUCAAAGAGAAGAUGGCGGGCGUGGGCGGAUCUGGUGGCGUUAAUGGCGAGGCAAAUGAGCUGAACGACUACGCAGCCAAAACCCACGAGCUGCAAACCAUUAUUGAGAAGCAGACCUCGGAACUUUCACAAUGGCAGCGACGCGUUUCUGAUUUGAACAACAAGAUUAGUGAGCUUGAGGAGAACAUGUCGCGAGUGCAAAAGGAACACUGCAAGGCCCAAGACCAGUGUGCCAAGCUGCAGCGGGAUCUGCGCGAGAAUGUUGCCCAGAAAGAGGAUCAGGAGGAGCGCAUUACCACAUUGGAAAAGCGAUACCUGAAUGCUCAGAGGGAGUCUACAUCGUUGCAUGAUCUCAACGAGAAACUCGAGCAGGAACUACGGCAUAAAGAGGCGCAGCUCAAGGCUCAAGAAAGACACGGUUCUGCAGAAGACCGCAUCCGGGGACUGGAGACGAACCUCGACGAGAAGACCAACGAGGUGGUAAGACUGAACCAGCGUCUGAAGAUGAACGAGGAGCACAACCUACGGCUUUCCUCCACGGUGGAUAAGCUGCUCUCGGAGUCAAACGAGCGUCUGCAAGUGCACCUGAAGGAGCGUAUGCAUGCGCUGGACGAGAAGAACGCCCUCACCCAGGAACUGGAAAAGGCGCGUAAGGUGGCCGAGGAGCUACACCACGAGAAGAGCGAAAUCAUGAAGGAGCUUUCGAAGACGCGCCUGGAGAUCGAGAACUUUAAGCGGCAGCUGCUGCAGCAGGAGAUCGCCUACAACAUCCAGCAAACGGAGGCGCUCACGCGGAGCCUUUCGCCCAGUAGCGUAGUGGACCCCAGUGGCGCCUUCAGCCGGAGCAAUUCGCACGCCAGCUUUGAGACGCACUCCCUGCGCCGCCAGAGCAAACAGCGACUGUCCGAGGAGAACGCCCUGGUCCGCUCCAUGGCCGAGCAGGAAUGGGAAAAACUGCAGCAGGCGGCGCAUGCCCAGCAGCAGGCCUACGAGCUGGCCAGCGCUGCGGAUUGCGAUGACUCUGAUGUCCUGUACGCAGCGGCCACCGACAUGAUGUCUCCUUCGGGACACACAGAUGCCCAGACAUUGGCCAUGAUGCUGCAGGAACAGUUGGACGCCAUUAACAAUGAGAUUCGCCUGAUCCAGGAGGAAAAGCAGUCAACAGAGGCGCGGGCCGAGGAGCUGGAGUCGCGUGUCGGCAGUCUGGAGCACGUAAACCUGCUGGCUCGCGGUCGCUCCAUGGACAGGCAGAGUCCGCCAAUGAGUGGCCGGAGCACGCCCAACAGUCCGCAGCGGGAUUUCAUGCAGAAGUAUCACACGCUCAACUUGCCCGUGCUGUCCAGCGAUGCCUCUCGCGAAGAGCUCCACGGCGGCAUGUCCACCACAGGUGAUUCGAGUUCCGGCGGAGCGGCCUCUCCACUGACCGCCCGCUCUAUGCGCCUGGAGCGUGUGGCCCAGGCCUUGGCCCACAGCCAGGAGGAGCUAAGGCGGCGUUCCAUUGGCCUUAAUCCCAAUGCUUCAGUGGCGCCCAACCACACUGGCGGUCACAUGCCCCUGAGCAGCCACAGUUACGGACUGUCGCCGCUUAGCUCUCGUUACGGCAGCCAGGAGUCACUGCGUCACUAUAACACAAUGGGAUCUAUGUCCAUGCUGCAGACACCUACUUCGGGCGUAUCCAGGGAAGCGGCAGCCGCUGCUGUCCAAAAGAAGAAGGGCAUUAAGUCCUCGCUGGGUAGGUUCUUUAGCAAAAAGGAGAAGGUGAAGGGCGUGAAGGAUACGCUGCCCGACGGCUCGCCCAGCAUGAUGUCCAUUGGCAACCUGUCGAUUGGACUGAGCGAGGUGGACUCCAACUAUGAUGCUAUGAGCAUGACUGGCGGAAUGAUGCCCCGCAUUGCCAGCUCCCAGGGAUCCAAAAUAAGCAGCGUUGACUACGGCAGGCAGAAGAAGGAGCAUGAUUACCGCAAUGACUUGCUGGGGGAGGCCAUGAAGGCGGGCACACCGUUUGCCCUGUGGAAUGGCCCCACCAUAGUCGCCUGGUUGGAACUGUGGGUGGGCAUGCCAGCCUGGUAUGUUGCCGCCUGUCGAGCCAAUGUCAAGUCCGGGGCCAUCAUGAGUGCGUUAAGCGAUACGGAAAUUCAGCGGGAAAUUGGCAUCAGUAAUCCCUUGCACAGGCUCAAACUUCGGCUGGCCAUUCAGGAAAUGGUUUCACUGACCUCUCCCUCGGCGCCACAAACCUCUCGCACCACUCUGGCAUUUGGCGAUAUGAACCAUGAGUGGAUCGGUAACUAUUGGUUGCCAGGUCUUGGCCUGCCCCAAUAUCGCACAACCUUCAUGGAGUGUCUGGUGGAUGCCCGGAUGCUGGACCACCUCACCAAAAAGGACUUGCGUGGUCAGCUCAAAAUGGUGGAUAGUUUCCAUCGCACCAGCCUACAGUACGGCAUAUCGAUGCUCAAGCGCCUUAACUACGAUCGCACGGAGUUGGAGCACAGGCGCAAGAUGAGUGAAAACGGCCUGUGUGACGUACUAGUCUGGAGCAACGAGAGAGUUAUCCGAUGGGUUGGCAGCAUCGGAUUGAAGGAAUAUGCUAAUAACUUGCUCGAAUCGGGAGUGCAUGGAGGAUUGAUGGCCCUGGACGAGGGUUUCGAUGCGAAUGCCAUGGGCUUGGCCCUUCAAAUACCUACACAAAAUGCUCAGGCUCGCCAAAUACUUGACACGGAGUUUAAUAAUCUGCUGCAGAUUGCCACAGAUCGCAGGCCGGAGAAUGAGCAGCGCAGUGCUUCCUGAUGCAGCUACAGCCCGCCCACGUCCUCGGUGGAUGAGUGAGCACCAGCCAAGGGGGGCAGGACGAAAAACAGACAACAAAGGCAACCUACAACAAUAAUAACGUAAAGACCAGGGGCAAAGUUUCCUAAACAGCAACAGCAACCGUAACGACAAGCUGAACUAGAAGAGAUGAAUGAAAAUGCUAGCAAGCAACUAAGCCACAAAAAAUCUAACAAGAAAGACGCAACGCAAGAGACUCCCCAGCAUGAUGCACGUCUAAUCCACAUAUUUAAUAUAUAUAAAUACACGCAUAGUCACAUAAUCCAUAACAAGACAAUGUAUACAAGACAUAGCACAUACUCUACAUAGGGCAUACGUAGUUGCAUUGGCGCCAAGUCGCUGCCGCUGCCAGGCGUGUACAAGUUUUAGAAGCUAAUCAGUUUUCGAUUGUAAAAUUAUUAUUGUAUUUUUUUAUAUAGUGUAAUUGGGCUUGCAAUAGACUAACAGUAUUUUGUUUUAGAUGAUGCAGAGGUGGAAAGAGAUGACAGCGUGCUUCGAACCAAAUUCGUAACCAAACUUGUUUGUUAUAUAAUUUUUAUGGCAUUUGUACAGUUAUUAAUUUAAUCCAAUUUUAAUUUCUUUAAAAUUAAAACAACUAACAUACGCUUUACAUAUGACAUUAUCGUGUUUCUGUUUAGAUUUUUGUAGAAGGCAGAGACGGCGUACCAAUUGAGUUUAUAAACUGAACAACAUGCACAACAAUCAGGCAUACAUAUAUAGAGUAUAACAGCUGCAUAUAUAUACGAUUUAUAAAUUAUAAUGAAUCAUAAAUCUAAUAAUUAAACAUUAUGAAGCAUACGUGUAACUAACAACAAAGUAUUAAAUGUGAAGUAAACAAAAGAGGAAGGGAAGUUGUAGAAGUCGCAAGCGCCCAUUGAAAUCAACUAUUUACAUAAUUACAUAUACGAGAUCAUUUAGUCGAAAAAUCGAAAAAGCUUUAAAGGCGAACUAAACCUAAACCAAAACUCAACUCUUAACCUUUGCUUAAGCCCCGAAUAAGAGAAUUUCUUUGCUCAUUGGCUGAAGGGAAUUAGAAUUUCAAUAAAGAAUUAAUCUUAAAAAUACUUUAAAGGAUCUAUUUACAAAAUCUAAAAGCAUAUCCAUUGUUUUUCAAAACAAAUAUACACACCCUUCAUAAAAUUCGUUUACGUGGUUACUUCAGUUCAGUUUCAAGAGCGGCCAGUUGAAUUCUGAAACAAUUUCUUCAAUUUAUGUGUAAGUCCCCCUCUAAUACACUAACCUAUUUAAGUUUUGCAUGUACUUACUUUCCCUUUAUACGUUAAAGCACACAAACUGCCACACAACAACACGUAUAAAGCAUCUGGAAAAGUUGGUUUUACAGUCUUUACGUACAUUAAGUUUAAGUUUAUACUUAUGUGUACAAAAAACCAAAAUUGCAACUAACGCUUGUCCUUAAGUUGAAAUAGAGAAAAAUCAAGAAUCAGUAAAAAUGAAUACCAUAUGCUUAAAUUAAUUUAUAAAACUAAAAUAUAUAUAUAUAUUAUAAAACACUAACAAGAGGAAAAUACUUAAUAAAAUUAUUUCAACUGUAUUAGCAAAUUAAAAAAGAAUUACAAACGUGUAAGGAAACUUAUAAAAGCUCUUAAAACUGAAAACUUAUUUAUGAAUGUAACUGUAGCAUUAUCUAAGUAAAAGCGAGAGUAAAGCAAAUAUUUAUGAUGUGUAACCUUAAUUGACUAACUAAAUCCACAAUAUGUAUGUUGAUUUGAACAAGGAUUGGUUUAAUUGUUGACUUUUGUUGAGAAUUCCACAAAAGGAAGUUUAUAAAUGAGCGUAACUAAACUAAAUGAUGCAUAACCUAAAUAUAAAAUUGAUUACCAUACACUUAUGUAAAUAUAUUUAUACAAUAUUGUGAACAUGAAAAUUGAAUGCAAUACAAGCAAAUUAGGCAAAAAUUCCGGUUAGGAGUUUUUUAUAUGUACCAUAUAUAUUUGAAAGAAAAAAGAAAACCCAGCAAACCACGAAAACAAAUGAUGAAAAUAUAACUACAAAUUAAAAUUUAUUACAAAAAAAGCAAC